CCCUAAAUUGAUGAUAUAACGUUUGAUUCGGAAUAUUUGUUUUCAUGCAAUAUCACUUAUCCAGGUGUUAAACUUUUAAACCGUGCUGAAAUUAAGUAUAGAUUGUAAUGCUUUCUUACCGCGGAUUUUUAAAAAAGUGUAUUUGAUGCGGAUUGAUUGUGACUUUUUCUGUAAUAGUAUAAAGAACAGAGAAACAUCAAACAUGAACAUCUUAUUGGGACUUUUAGCGAUAAUUGUGAGUGAACGUGGACUGCAGGGUGCUCAUGUUCAUAUUGCAAGCAGCACUAUCCUUAUGAAAGACAUUUUUAAAAAUCUUAGUUUAAAUCAUAUGUUUAUGGCGGAAAACGGAACGUCACUUUAUUUGACGGGCAAAAAUUACAUUUACCACCUAGAUACAGCUAAUCAUUUUCUUGACCUAUCUGAGAUUGAUAAAGUGAAAACUGGACCAAAUGAUGUUGUGAACGGCGAGUACAAAAUUGACGAUAUUACCAAUAUCGUGAUACCGUAUGGACCGGACGAAGUGAUUACGUGCGGUAGCAGUUACAGAUUUUGUCAUAUACGAUACCUUCGAAACAUCUCUGACUGGACAAAAGGUUUUGAACCCUCCAUAAACAAUAGUGCUGCCGUGGCAUUUGUUGCUGAAUUUGAUAAUAAAACGUAUGUGUUUGUUGGAUGCCCACAUGAAAACAAUCAACUUAAUACCCGCUGUGACAGAUUCGGGAUAUUUUGGUUUGAGGACUUUGAAACAAGAAGAUAUGGACCACGGUUUACGACUGCCGGUGACAUACUACUGAUAACAGAAACUUAUGUUAAAGGGUUAGCUAUUGAUAAUCACCGACUAUUUUUCAGCAUACAACGAAAUAAGACAGAUAACUCUACUCUCAGCAGAGUUGCAAAUGUUUGUCAGAAGUAUACAGAUUCCGCCCCGAGAUCGUAUGUAGAUAUGCAACUAAAAUGUGGGGACUUCAAUUACUUGCAGGCUGUUGAAAAAACAUGCUAUACAGAAAAAUGUUUAAUUGUUGCAACAUUUACCCAUGGAGGACAUUCGGUCGUUUGUGCAUACCUAUUCUCGGAGAUCAAAUCAAGUUUGGCAGUCAAUAUUAAACGAUGCUACAAUACAACUCUUCAACUGCCAUCCGGUGUUUACGACUACUUCAAUUAUUGGAAGAGACCAUGUACUGGACAUCCUCUCAAUCUCAGCGGAAUCAACGCCACUGAUGACUUCUUCUUAUGUAACGAAGAAGGAUACGUUACCUUCAGUAACGUGAUUGGUGAUACGGCCCUGCAGAUGAAUGUCAGUGUACGGCUGAAUCACACGGUUGUAACUGCCCUCGCAUUGGUGUCUGUCCGCGGACGUGUGCUUGCUCUUUUAGGGACAGCUCAGGGAGAAAUAAUUAAGGCCCUGGUGUUUCCACGAGAAGAGGCUGAAGUCUUGCCCUGGAAAGCUGUUGUUGAUAGUGGCCACGCAGUACUGCCAGACAUGUUCGUGCAUGGAUACACAAUGUAUGCAUUUUCGGAAAAUGUGGUAAGAAAGAUAGAGUUAGCGGACUGUUCCAAGUUUUCAACUUGUGACAAAUGCAUGGCAAGCAGGGAACUCUUCUGCGGAUGGUGUCUUUUGGAUAAUAGAUGUACGACCACAAUAGAGUGUUCAAAUUCAGAAUGGAUAUUGGCUGAAGGCUUAGCAAGAGUUUGUCCACACAUAAACCAAACAAGUCCUAACGCGAUAAGAACAGAUGAAUCGACUGAGCUGACACUUACCUUGUCCCAUAACAUGAGCAUUGGACUAGAGUUGAGAUGCCAGUUUGAAAGCUUGGUCGACAACAAGACUAUACUGAUGAAUAGCAGUGUUCCGGGGGUAGCAAGGGGCGACGAGGUAACAGUUACGUGUAGCUUGCCAGACUGGACCAAACUAGAACAUUACAUCGAAGGUACCGCCAGUGUGUCUGUCCUACUCUUCACAAACGUUUCUUCUGUGGCUGUAAUGAGAGGGGAGUUAACUGUGUUUCAAUGUGAAACAUUUACAAGGUGUCGCAAGUGCAGUUUCAGUCGAUGGACAUGUGCAUGGUGUCCUUUGCAGGGACGUUGUAUCAAAGAAAACAACUCAUGCAAUGGAAAUGAGAGUUCCGUAGAGAUCAGGGAGAGAAGCAGUUGUCCACAUGUUACAGACUACACCGUUUCUCCUCAAAACGUGCUAAAUGGUCACGGUGAUGCACAUUUAGCAAUUGAGGAAAGCUACAAUAUUACUGUUAAGGGCGUGAACUUUAUUGAGACUAAUGGUUCCGCAAAUUACCAGUGUUCUGUGAAACACUCGGAGAAAAACGGCGAAGAAAAAUUUGCAGCCACAAGAAUGAAUGAUUCGGAGAUAAUGUGUCACAUCACAAACUUAAAGGGAGGCAUGCCAUGGAAUCUGGACUCCGCUUCAAGUCUUCAUGUUGAUCUUCAGUCAAAACAGCUUGACGGCCCAUCAUUUAAAGUUGUGUUUUAUCAAUGCGGUUCUCUGAUCUACCCACCAACCAACUGUGGACAAUGUGAAAGUUUUAAAUACUACCAGCCAUAUUUAAGAUGCCAAUGGUGCAAUGGGAAGUGUAUCUACGCGGGAGAGCCUUGUGCAGCGGCAGGAACCAUGUGCCCUGACCCAGUUAUCACAAAGGUAUAUCCACUUUCUUCCCAUAUCAAUGCCAUCACGCCCAUUACUGUCGAGGGUUAUAAUCUUGGGUCCCAUCCCAACGAAACACUGAAUGCUGUUAGUGUCGGAAACAUCUCAUGUGAUACCAUGUACAAUGCCAAUGUUGUAAACAUAUCAACAAGAAUAACGUGUAAACUUGGACCAAGUGAAAGAGAAACAACAGAAAAUGUGAUAGUGAAUAUAUCAGGACACAAUCCAGUGGUGUAUGAAAAAUACAGCUUUAAUUUUCAGAUUCCUAGAAUAACAAGGAUUUUCCCUAAUUACGGGCCUUUUUCUGGCGGUACAAAUGUUACAAUUUAUGGAGAGCAUCUUGACACAGGUUGGGAGAGGACCAUACAGAUUGGGGAACAACUCUGCGGACUGGUUACAGUACCUGCGUUCAUAAAGCCAAAUAUGGCAGAAUGUAGGACAGUAAAAUUUAAUUCAACCACCCAGACGAAUGCUACAGUUUCCAUGGUUUUCGAUAAUCAGGCGGUAGAAGGAGUCAACUUCACGUAUGUUCCCGACCCAGUAGUUUGGAAUAUUCAGCCAAGAAAGAGUUUUGAAAGCGGAGGAAGAGUUUUAACAGUGACUGGUCUGAACCUGUUAUCCGUACAAACACCGAAGCUGAAGGCCCAAACCAGUGACGGAAUGACUUCUGUUGAAAUGUCGUGCAUACGUGGAAAACCAGAUGACCUCGCGGACAGUAAGUUUAAUGGAUAUUUAACAUGUAGAAGUCCAAUCUUUUCUUCCCGAGAGUCUAGACCUCGAGCAAACCGAUCAUCCGAAGUACCGAGAAGCAUGGAGGUUAGCUUUACCAUGGACGAUGUGGAUUCAGUCAAGAAUUUGCCGGCCAACAUAUCUGUCAUUCGAUACUAUCCUGAUCCAACAAUUGACAAUUUCACCGAGACUCAGCGCAACUUUCAAGUACUCAUUAUAAAAGGCGAUCAUUUGAACGUGGCUGCCAGCGCGGAAGACGUUCAAGUUUUCGUUGAUUGUGAAGAAUGCAAUGUAACCACUCUGGAGCACAACCGGAUCAUAUGUAACCCUCCCACUAGUGCACCCAAGUGUAACGUUGCCGGACAAACGUUGUUUACAAUCAAGGUACGCAUUGGAUUUCUAGAACGAGAGGUCGGUAAGAUGGGGUAUGGAAGUUCCGAGCCAAAUACCGAUUGCAAGAACAUUCAACUUAUAGGUGGACUUGUAGGCGCAGGAAUGAUUUUUGUCUUUGUGUUGUCGGUUAUUGCAUUUUAUUUUAAAUCGAAGAAUAGAGUGUUUUAACAGGAAACAGUGAAAUAUGUUAUACAAUGCUAUUUCUGUUGUACUUUUACUGCAUAAACUGUAUAAUGCUAGAAGAGAGAGAAGUCUUAACCCUUAAGCGAUUUGAGCACGUAAACAAGAUAUUUUAUCCUGUUAUUUGCAUACAAAUCGAUCCAAAAACAAGGUGUCAUGUAAAGGUUGCUUUAUUAGGUUUGUUGACCACGCUGUGUUUAUCUACAGUCAAUUGGUCACAUGACCGCGAAAACCGACUUCUUUUUAUUUCAUGUAUAUACAUGAAGUAUACUCAUUAAUGCAUAUGAACUACUCUAGUUAUUAUAGUUUUGUUUCCACUCUAUUUUUUUUUAUCCAAUUCAGUAUUAACCCGUUUUAUGGUAAUUUCUUAUGUUGUUAUAAAAAGGUGACAUAAUAAAUAGGUUAGUGCCGUGGAUGGAUUUUUAUAUCUGGCUCUGCUACGGAAAGCAUCGGGUCCCCCUUAAGCUCACCCGAUAAAUUCCACCGCCUUGCCACAUAAACUUUCUCCAACUACGGCACUAUCCUAGAAUUAGUUUUAUCUCGUUUGUUUUUAUAUUAAUAUUAUAUAGUAUGUGUUGUAAUAUUACGAUGAUAGCUUAAUAAUGGCUUGGCCAUGUAUUUAAACAGCUAUUUGAAGAAUAUGAUAUCAGUUUGUGGUGUUUGCCAUUCGGAGCUCCUCGGCCAUUUUUAUCGAAAACAACCUCGGUUGUAUAUGGACGAUUUACAUAUGUUUAAGUCCGCUGCAAGUAGAGAACCUAGAUCACGUAGUAAUUUUAUAUUAGCAGUUCAACUUAAUGACUCUACUUUUGGGAAUCUUAAUUAUGUUUGCAAUAAUACACUGCACUUGCAAUCAAUUUAAACUAAGAUCAAUAAAAACAAGCUAAAUUACUACAUUUAAUUAAUGAUAUAAUAAAAAAAAAAUACGGACUACUUCUACUGAUGUACCGGCAUACAUCCGAAGUCUUUUUCGAUAAAAAAAUUGCCGAGGAGUUCCGAAUGGGUGUUUGCACAUUUUGUGUCUCUCUUUCAGUGCCUUUUGGGCACUUUGCUUGUUCCUCUGAACAGGUUUAGGAAUUGACAUAUAUAUUACUGUACUUUUGAUUGUACUUUUGAGAGUAAUGUAUAGUAUUGUGUUAAUCCUUGUAGUUUCCAUGUUUUUGUGUAUACAUAUUUUUUAAUUACCUUCUGUGAUUAUAUCCUUUUUUAAGCGUCUCAUCUGUGAUGUACAUGUUGCUUAAUGCUCCAUUAAACUGAUGAAGAAUUCCAAAUUCUUUUCAGGAUGUUAUAUGUAUGCAUUGUAAAAAAAGAACAUAACCAACUAUAUUUGAAAGGUGUCUUGAUUGCUAUAGCUAACAAAAGGUGGUCAGUGAUCAACCGAAAAUGUUGAACAAAAAUAAUAUGAAUGUCGGAAUGAGCUUAAGAAAGUGUUGUUGCAAGUUAGGUUGAUGAGUCAUAUACCGUUUAUUUAUUUGAAUUCACACAGUUGUUCACGGACAUCAAUUAAAAAAUUCAAACUACAUCAUAUGUUCCUAAAUACAAUUUAAGGCCCUUGAAUGUCUUAAAGAUUUUAAGCACAUUGGCUUUUUUGACUUUAUCUAAACAAAUGUGCAACCCGUUGACUUGAUUCUUCACACAAGUAUGCAGGGCAAUCAUACAAUUAAAAGCAAGGCAACUUUAAAUAUCCUAAAUACAAAUAUUUGGCCUCUGACUGACUCAAAACGUGUUUAUAGUCCCUGUACAUACUUUUCAUCUAUAAUGGAAGCAAUUCAGUUAUGUUUCUUAGAGACAAAGUAGCGCUUAGUCGAUCUAAUUUUUGAGAAUAUAUAUAAAUGACUUGAUACAUCAGUUUUUCAAACAGUGUGAUAUGAAAUUGAUACUUUCACGGUUUUUAUAAGGUCGCCAUUUAUUGCAGUUAAUAUCAGUUUUGGUUUUCACUCGGAUAUAUCAAAUGUUAUCUUAUACUGAAUCCAUUAUCACCUUUAUACUUUGUUUAUGUUAUUAUUUUCGUUCUUACAACUGAAUUUGCUAUACUUUGAGGAUAUGCAAAACUACUAACCUACUUAGACUUGGGUAAUAAAAGAUUGUAUAACG